AUGGCGCUCUCGUCGACGCUCGACGACCCAACGUCGCCGCUGCCAACGACGGGCUUGACGCGCGACGGUCUCGCCUUACUUCGCGCCGAAGUCCAUUUUCGCAAAUCGCAGAAGCUCUUUGGGAUGACGGCCACGACGACACGCGGUGUUUUCUUCAUGGACGACCCGAAGGUCGCAGCGGUACACGCCGCGUUGACGCACCAUCUCGCACCGCUCGAAGCGGCUGCGCAAUGGGACGGUCCGCGCCUCGACGUCGUCGACCUAGCACGGUACGGCGUGGUCUAUGACCGCACGCUGUAUUCCGCGACGCAGCAUGCCGGGCGACUCGGUGUGCCCACUGCGAAGGCGUCAUCGUCGCGCGUCGACGCGAGCGAGUGGUCCUCUGUCACAUGCGCUUUGGAGCAGUUUUUGCCGACGCCAGUGACAUGGGACGCGGUGACGGGGCGUGUGACGCUUGAGAGUUAUCUCAACAACAUUCCCGUCGCCAUGACAGCACUGUACGAGACGCUCUCGGACUCGCUUUCGUUGGUGCUGCCGCUCUUGAACCGCGCCGAGAGCUUUCACGUCGAGGACUCGCGGCCCCGGAUCCAGCUCUCGAAAAAAGCCGCGAGCCGCGCCACGGUUCAAGCAGCGGUGCCACCCGAGCUGCCGCGCGCCAAAGGCUUCAAGUUCCAGCCGAUUUCAACGUGUUCGGUGCAUGGCCCGCCGUCGCGCCGUCAAGUCUACUGCAGCGUCCUGGGCUACCGCACGACGACGACGCCGGUUGUGACGCCGUGGCAGCGAGCCACCGGAGCGGUCAACGAAGGCGUCAGUCACACGGCGCUCGUCUUCUACGACGUAGUCAAUGUCGCGGUGCGAGUCGAGUUGGCAGAGACCUUUGCAUACGCGCGGACGUCGACACAAUAUAUGACAAUAUGUGCAAUCGCUCAUGGACAAUACCUGUAUUAG